AUGCCUCAGUCUUCUUCAAAUCGACAAGAUAUUAUUUGUGUAGCACUUGAUACAUUAAAAAAUUAUCCUUUAGAUUCAAAACCCCCAAGUAUAAAUAGUAUAGCAAAAAGCUUUGGAUUUUCAGAAAUUACACUUCGAAGAGCUGUAAAAAAUGGUGGUCCUCUUAAUCGUUCAGAAGUUCAACUUGCCAGCUAUUGUAUUAAUAUGCAAAAACUUGGAUUUGGCUUAACAAAAUCUGGAGUUAAAUAUUAUAUUAUGGAAAUUAUACAAUUAAAUAAACGUCAACAUCCAUUUGGAAAAAAUGGAUCAGGUGCAUGCCAAGUGCAUAAAAUUUUACAUGGAAAUUCUCAUGAGCAUAUUUCAUUAGCAUCAACAAUUUCAGCUGCCAGAUCAUAUAUACCACUUUUGAUUAUUUAUAAAAGUAUUAGAACAAUUCCUGAUUUAUUAGAAGGAGCACCUUCUAGAACUAUAAUGGGAUUUACAAAUACAGGAUAUAUGCGUGAAGAACUUUUUCAAAUGUAUCUUAAUUAUUUUAUUAAUUUAAUUUUACCUAUUCGUCCAGUUUUAUUAAUAUUGGAUGAUCAUAAAAGCUAUAUUAACUAUAUGAGUAUUGAUUUUUGUCGUCAAAAUGGUAUCCUUCUUUAUGCACUUCCACCUUAUACAACACAUGUAUUACAACCGUCAGAAAUUCCAUUUGCAAAGCUAAAAAAAGAAUAUAAUAAAUCAUGUGAUAGGUAUAGCAAUAAUAACAAUAGUAUGAUAGUAAAAAAGCAUACUUUUGCGAAAGUUUUUGGAUCUGCUUUUCUUGAAACUUAUACUCUAUUAGCAAUCUGUAAUGCUUAUAAGGCAAUUGGAAUAUUGCCAUUUAAUCCUAAUGCAAUUAGUCCAGAUCAGUUAGACCCUUCAUUAACAACUGAGCAAUUUAAUUAUUCAGAGUAA